CUGCAGAGCAGCAAUAAAUACCUGCAGAGCUUGCGGGCUUCCGUCCUUGUUCCACCUUGCCUUGCUUCUCGUGACGAGGUCUCAGUGCCUCACUGGCUGGAUAGUGGCGUUGCGUGAACCGAGAGAAGAGUGUGAACGAGCGAGCGUGCGCUCCCCUGGGUUGUGUCCAUGGCGGCGGCGCCGUACGCGCGGGUGAUGGAGGAAAUGUUCAAGGCGCGGGAGUUCACCACGCAGCUGCAGGGGCUUCUCCGUGACAAGCCCGAGGCCGGACUCAUCGUCGACCAGAUCCUCCACGCCUUCUCCCGCGCCAUCGACACCGCCAAGGCCGCCGCCGGCGAGGAGGGUUCCGAGGUGCAGAGCGACGUCACCUGCGCUGUGGGAGGCGGCGGCGGCGGCAAGAGGAAGGCUGCCUCUAGCGGCGGAGAGGACCGGAGGAGCGCCUGCCGGAGAAGAACCCAGCAAUCAUCAGUUGUCAUGGUGACCAUGAAGGACAUGGACGACGGGCACGCCUGGCGCAAGUACGGGCAGAAGGAGAUACAAAACUCCAAGUACCCAAAGGCCUACUUCCGGUGCACGCACAAGUACGACCAGCAGUGCGCGGCGCAGCGGCAGGUGCAGCGCUGCGAGGAGGACCCGGACACCUAUAGGGUCACCUACAUCGGCGUGCACACCUGCCGGGACCCCGCCGCCGUCGCGCCGCUCGUCGUCCACACGACCAGCGUCGCCGAUGACCUCCACGGCGGCUCCCGCCUCAUCAGCUUCACUCCCACCGCCAGCGCCACCGGCGCGUCCGCUGCUACAACCAGCACGACCACGACCACAACCGCCAACACCAAUCAGAAGGACACCGUGCUGCUCGGGUCGGCGGGCCUGCGGCCUCUGAAGCUGGAGGUCGGCGACCAGGAGGAGGUGCUGAGCAGCCUGACCCCAGCCGGGAGCUCGGCGGCCGCGGAGGCCAUGCGGAACGCCGCGGCUACACCCGGGCCCGACCAGGGGGACGUCACGUCCGGCCUGCAGCACUGCUACGACGGUGGCGUCGACAUCGCCUCCUUGAUCUAUGAUGAUGUGUUCAAUCUUGGGGACAUUUUGUUCGGUUUUGAUCACGAACAGGGUCACUACUGAGCGAUCGAUCGGCGCGUAUAUAUGGAAAUAAUGGCUACGCGGAUCUUCGAUCCUCUUUAGCUGCAAUGCCUAGUUUAGUUUGUACAUUCUUGAUGUCUACUCUAAGAAACUGCAGCUUUGCUGGCUGCACGUCGUGUAGAUUAUGUUAGGGCUGUACUUUUCUAGAAACGUUUUGUUCUAGAUUUUUUUAAAUAUUUCUCUAAUAAA